AUGCCGGGCAUCACCAACCACGAGGAUAAAUUUCAAUCACUUGUUCAGGCUCUCAGUGAGAAACUAGGACCUUGUUCAGGGAUCGACUCUGCAGAUGUGGACGAGAAAGUGCUCCAGCAGUUGAUGCAGGACUAUGUUUCCAAUGAGUCAGAGUGGUCAAAGUAUUUCUUCCCGGCAUCGAACAUGGCCUAUACUCGCAACUUGGUGGACAAGGGCAAUGGCAAGAGUAACUUGAUGAUUUUGGUGUGGUCGCCAGGGCGCGCCAGCCCUAUUCACGAUCAUGCAAACGCACACUGUAUCAUGAAGAUCCUUAAGGGCAGUCUUACUGAGACACGCUACGCAUGGCCAACAGUUGAUCGCAACAAUGCCGAAGACCAUCCACUGCAGGUUCUAUCAAACAAGACUUUUGGGGAGAACCAAGUCACCUACAUGUCGGACAAGCUUGGAUUGCAUCGCAUUUCUAACCCCGAUCCCAACGACUAUGCUGUCUCACUUCACUUGUACACGCCACCAAACGCCGCAGUGUAUGGCUGCAACGUCUUCAACGAAGAGAACGGACAUUCUACCCACAUCAACAAGUGCACAGUAUUCUCAGAGUAUGGCACACGACCAAGCUCCAUGUGAGACAUGUUGUAAGUAGUGUGAUGGACACCCGAUCCUUAACACUGGAAACCUGGAUGAGUGGGUGCAGGAAAAUUCGGAAGUGUAAUGCGUCCUUCCUUUCGAUUCGUGGCGAGGUUUGAGAGUUGCUAGAACCUCGGUUUUCUACUUGUUUCUUCGUUAGCAACAGUUCAAAUUCAUAGAUCCUACUUUGAGACCU